UGAGGUCGACGAUUCUCAGCACAAACAUUACAAACGCAAUUUUGUGUGCGCUUGUACUGCAGGGAGGCACUAAAUUGUUAUAUUACAGAGUUCACGUGGCGUUAUCGCAGGGAAUAAUGGUGGAGUCAGACAGUGAGGGAGAUUCCAGUGAUUCCACAUCUUCCAGUGAAGCAUCACCAAUCCCAGAAAGGGAAAAGAAAUCCAGGAGAAGAGAGAAGGAUGCUGGAGAUGAGCAUGGGAGGACGGGAAGAAGGUCCCCAUCCCCAAGACGUAGAUCAACCCGGAGACAGAGUUCAGGGGAAAAUGAGAGAAGGAGGGAUAAACAGGAGGUAGAAGAGAAAAAGGACAGAUCUUUAUCAGAUGAAGAAGGUGUGGAUAGUAGGGACAAGCCUCAUUUGAGGAAAUCUGUCAAGAGUGAUGAUACUGAAGAUGGAAGGUCAAGAAGGAGAGAAGAUGAUGGAGUCAUUAAUAGAAGACACAAAUCUGAUGAUGAGCUCUCAGUUGGUGCGGACUCAGAUAUUGAGACACUGCAAGAAGGCAUCCCAGAACCAACCGUGCAACAGAAGCAGCAAAGGAAGCCAGCUAGGUUUGACAGUGACAGUGAUGACAGUGAGAGUAGUGUUUCCUGGAGAGAACGAAGGGUGAAAAGUGUUCUACUAAGCAAUGAGCAACCAGUAGAGGACAGACGAAGCUGGGACUAUGCCUCUGAUGAUGAAGAUGGAAGAGGGAAGAAGAUGCAGAGUGCAGUGGGUAGCAACAUCAUCCAUGGCAACGUGAGAGAGACAGAAGGAGGAGAUGAAGAUGGUGAGAUGGACCAGGAUGGAGACAGAGAAGAGAGGAGGAAGGAGGAUAAGGAUCAGGAUAGCAUGGAUAGAGAACGAGGGAGAAAUAGAGAGAGGGAACAUGAUAGAGACCGUGAUCGCAGGAGGGAAGGAAGAGAUAGAGAGGAGAGAGACAGAAGAGGACGAGAUGGUGAUAGAUCCAGGCCCAGGGGAGAGGAACGCGAUCGAAGAGAUAGAUCUCUUUCACCAAGCCACUACAGCAGGAUGAAAGACAAGUACGAGGACCGGUUCCGAGGCGGUUCUAGGCGAGACAGAUUAGAGGAGGGAGAGGUCGAGGAGACAGGAGGAUAUGAAGAUGCAAGGAGAAGAUUCAGGAAUAGAAGAUUUAGAGAAGAGGAGGAAGAGAGAAGGAAGCGUGAUGAAGACAGAGACCAAGAUAACAGCCGACGGAGAAGAAGAGAUGAUGGAGAGGAGAACAAGGAGAAUGCUGCUCCACCUCCCAAGAAGAAGAAGCCAGAAAUCGAUCCUCUUCUCACGAGAACAGGUGGAGCUUAUAUCCCUCCAGCUAAACUAAGGAUGAUGCAAGCACAGAUUACUGAUAAAACAAGUGUUGCAUAUCAGAGGAUUUCAUGGGAAGCACUAAAGAAGAGUAUCAAUGGUCUGGUGAACAAGGCUAACAUCUCCAAUCUUGGUUUGAUUGUACAAGAGAUGCUACAGCUCAACAUUGUACGAGGACGUGGUUGGUUAGCUAAAGCAGUGGUUGAUGCUCAGUCUGCCUCACCUACCUUCACUCAUGUGUAUGCAGCAUUUAUUGCCAUCAUCAAUACAAAGUUUCCACAAAAUGGAGAACUCAUCUUGCGAAGACUCAUCACUAACUUCAAGAAGGGUUAUCGCCGUAAUGACAAGAAGCUUUGUCUCUCCUCAACCAGGUUUAUUGCUCACUUGGUCAACCAGCAAGUGGCUCAUGAGGUAGUGUCCCUGGAGAUCCUAACCCUGUUGUUAGAGCAAGCUACAGAUGACAGUGUGGAAGUAGCAGUGGGGUUCCUCAAGGAAGUCGGACAGAAACUAACAGAACUUUCACCAAGAGGAAUCAUGGCCAUCUUUGAGAGACUGCGUAGCAUCCUUCAUGAGGCUAAGAUAGAGAAGAGAGUUCAGUACAUGGUAGAGGUUAUCUUUGCCAAUCGUAAGGAUGGUUUCAAGGAGUUUCCUGCGGUCAUUGAAGAGCUGGACUUGGUAGAGGAAGAUGACCAGUACACUCAUCUACUCACACUUGAAGAUGAUUACCAAACAGAAGAUAUACUCAAUGUUUUCAAGGCUGAUCCUGAGUUUCUAGAGAAUGAAGAGAAAUACAAAGCAAUCCGUAAAGAGAUCUUAGAUGAAGACAGUGAGGAUUCUGGAUCAGGUGGUGAGAGCGGAUCCAGUGAAGAAGAUUCAGAUGAACAAGAAGCAGCAGAACAAGAGAAGAUGGAGAUACAGGAUAAGACCGAGACGAACCUGACGGCUCUAAGACGUAUCAUCUACCUCACCAUCCAGUCCAGUCUUGACUUUGAGGAGUGCACUCAUAAGAUGCUCAAGAUGGAGUUGAAGCCAGGCCAAGAGAAAGAAGUGUGUCUCAUGAUCCUGGAUUGCUGUGCUCAACAGAGGACGUAUGAGAAGUUCUUUGGACUAUUAGGACAGAGGUUCUGUCAGCUGAAGCAGGAGUAUGUAAGGGAAUAUGAAGGGAUCUUUGGUGAGCAGUAUGAUACAUGUCAUCGUCUAGAUACCAACAAACUGAGGAAUGUGGCCAAGUUCUUCUCUCAUCUGCUCUUCACAGAUGCCAUCUCAUGGACGGUCAUUGAAAGCAUUCAUCUGAAUGAGGAGGAAACCACUUCUUCAAGUCGUAUCUUCAUUAAGAUUCUCUUCCAAGAACUAUCAGAGUACAUGGGACUUCCAAAACUCAAUGACAGACUCAAAGAUGCAACCCUAAUGCCAUUCUUUGAAGGCAUGCUACCUAGGAACAACCCUGCUCAUACAAGAUUUGCCAUCAACUUCUUCACCACCAUUGGUCUUGGAGGUCUCACGGAUGAUCUACGUGAUCAUCUGAAGAACUUCCAGCGACAGAUCAUGCAGCAGCAGCAACCCUUAGAAGAGAGUGACAGCGAUGAUAACGAUAGUGAGGAGGAGGAAGAAGAAGAGAGUAGCAGUGAAGAAAGUGAGGAAGAAGAUAAGAGAAAGAAGAAGAAGAAAAAGAAGAGACAGGAGAGUAGCGGCGAGGAUAGUGAAGAGGCAGACAGAAGUAAAAGAAGGAAAAAGAAGGAGAAGGAAAAGAAGCAGAGAAGGAGAAGGAAGGAAUCAACGGAUAGUGGGAACGAAGACAAAUCUUCAGAUGAGGAAUCCGAAAGUGAGAUCUCUGGAAGCGAUGAUGAAAGAAGAAGGAGAAAGAGAAAGUCUGAAAAGCCCAGGAGAGAAGAGAAAAAGCGCCAAACCAAACCAGACUCCCACCACAGACGAGAACAAGGACACAAGAAAUCAGAUCGAAGACAGAGGGAGGUACAAAGUGAGAGUGAAGAUGGUGAAGAACUAAUUAAUAAUAUUUCACAGAAAGAAAGAGAUAGAGAUAGACAUCGUGGAGAGGACAGGGAUAGACGUCGUGAAGCAGAACAUGAACAGGAGAGACCUAGUCGAAGGGGAAAGGAAAGAGAAGGUGAGAAGGAAAGGAGAAGGGGUGAUGACAAACAGACGAGAAGAGAGGAUGAUGGUAAACAUAGGGAAAGAGGAAGGGAAAGGGAUGGAGAUCAAAGAAAACAUAAUAGAGAAGUAGAGGAAAAGGAUAGUGAUGAAGAACUAGCAACUAGGCUUAGAGAACAACUGAGGAGGGAGGAUGAAAGAGAGGAAAGAAGGAGUAAGGAAAAGAGAAGAAACCGAGAGGGUAGUGAUGAAGAACUAGCAAAUAGGCUUAGGGAACAACUAAGGAGGGAAGAUGAAAGAGAGGAAAGAAGGAAUAAGGAAAAGAGGAUAAACAGAGAGGAUAGUGACGAAGGUAAGGAAGUCGGAAGAAAAGAAAAGGAAAGAAGCAGAGAUGAAAGAAAGAAACAUGGUAUGGAAGAAGAGUCUGUUAAAGAUGGAAGAAAGCAGGAUAGAGAUAGGAGAAACAAAAGGGAGGAAAAGCAAAGAGAAGAUAAAGAUAGAAAUGAAAGAAAGCGAGAAGAUAAUUCAAGAGGUAGACAGGAAAGGGGAGAUGAUGAAGAAGAACAAGAUGAAAGACAUAGUAGAAGAGGAAGGAAAGAUGAAAGACAGAGAAUGAUGAAAGAAGAUCAAAGGGGAGGGAGAGGUGAGGAAAGAAGAAGAGAAAGGGAUCAGGAUGUAUCAUCAGAUGAUGAAAAUAACAGGUCCAACAAGUCCAAAGGAAAAGAGAAGACAAAGACUAAGACGGAUGAUAGAAGAGGGAGGGAAGAGGACAGAAUGAGAGAAAAAGAUUCAUCUUCAGAUGAGGAAAGUACGAGAAGGUCUAGAGAUAAAGGUCGCAGAGAUAAAAUUCCAGAGAAGAAAAGAAGUAAAAAAGAUGAAGAGAGAAUGGAGAGAGUUGAAGAAAGGAGGAGGGGAAGAGAUGAAUCUUCAGAUGACGAAGAUAUAAGAAGGUCUGAUGGCAAAGGCGACAGAGAAGUAGCAGAGAAGAAAAGAAGUAAAAAUAAGAAGGAGGAGAGAAGGAGGGAAAGAGAAGUAUCUUCAGAUGACGAAGAUAUAAGAAGGUCUGAAGGCAAAGGCAACAGAGAGGUAGCAGAGAGGAAAAGAAGUAAAAAUGGAAAGGAGGAGAGAAGGAGGGAAAGAAGUGUAUCAUCAGAUGAGGAAGAUACCCGUCGGUCUAAAGAUAAGGGUUCCAGAGAAGAGAUGCCAGAGAAGAAAAGGAAUAGAAUGGAGAAUGAGAGGAGAGGAAGAGAUGAAGAUAGGAGGAGGGGAAAGGUAAGAGAAGAUAGUUCAGAUGAAAAAAACACAAGACGGUCUAAAGAACAAAGCUUCAGAGAUGAAAGAGAAGAUAGUAGAAGGAGAGGAGAAGAAAGAAAAGAUGAAAGGAGAAAGGGAAGGGAAGAAAGAAGACAUGAAGAUAGGCAGGACAAUGAUAGGUCUAGGGAUGGUGAUAGAAAUGAAAGAAGAGAAAGGGAAGAACGGAUGGAGACUGAAAGUAGAAGCCGAAGUGGGAGUAGUAGAAGGCAUACAGAAAGCGAGGAAAAUGAAAUCAAUAGUAGAUCAAGGCAAGGAAGAGAUGAGAGAGAAGUAAGAAGACCAAGAAUUGAUGAUAGAGGACAUAAUGAUCGAGAAGACUUGGCAAGACAUGAUAGGGAUAGAAUAGACAAAUUAGAAAGAGAGAGAGCAAAUGAGAGAAUAGAAAGCACAAAUGAUCAGAAACGUGGGGAUCAAAGGAAAAAGAAGGAAGAGGUAAAAGAAUCAAGCAGUGAAGAGGAGGACAGUAGUGAGGAAAACUCAAGUGAGGAUUCCAGCAGUGAGGAAGAGAGCGAGGUGGAAGAGAAGAAAGAUGAUGGUAGGAGAGAGGAAAAGAGAAAAGCUGAGAGCAAUCUUGAGAGGGACGAACAGAGAAGAGCAAAUGAAUUAAAGACUACUAAGACUACACAAGAAGACAGUGAUGAGAGUGACAGUGAUGAAAGUGAGAGUGAUAGUGAUGAUAGUAGUGAUAGUGAUGAUAGUGAUAGCGAAGAGAGUGAAAAGGAAGAAGUUUCAUCUUCACGUAGGAAAGAGGAAGAGCGCAAGAGAGAGCAUCCUGAGCCUGCGAAAGAACAAAGCGAAAGUGAAGACAGCAGUGACAGUGAUGACAGUGAUAGUGAUGAUAGUGAGGAAGAGGAAGAUAGUGAAAAGGAGAGUGAGAAGAGUGAUGAACAGAGAGGGGUAAAUAAUGUGCAAAGAGACCAUAGAGGAAGACCAGAACGAGAUGAGAGAAAAAGGCGAGAAGAACCAAGAGAAGAGAUAAGAAGCAGAGAUAACAAGUCUUCCAAUCCGAUAGAUAGAAAGAGAAAUAGAGAGGAUGAUGGUAAAAGGAAUUCUAAUGAACAUGGAGAAAGAAGAGAUAGAAGAUAUGAGAAGGAAGAGUACGUAUCAGAUAGGCAUAGUAGUAGGGAUAGAGAGCAAAUGGAUAGAAGUAGAGAGAGGGGAUCUAGGGACCGGAGAGAUAGGCGGUGACUUCAGAAGUAAUUCUUAAUUAAUCAUAUUGAUUAUGGAGGCAAUGAUUCGCUGAGUUGUAGAUAGCAGCAUUGAUCAAGUUUCUGUUAUUUUCAGAUUGAUUGAUAUUUUGUAAAUUAAUUUGAAACUAUAUCUCAAUAUGUUUCCUUGGACUAUCAACAAUGAGCAGGGUUACUGACUGAAAUUCUGUGUCAUAAGUCACCAGAAUGUUUUGGAUUUUAAAAAAUGUUAAAAUGUAUCCCUCAUUCUUCAAUGUCUUAUGCUAUUACUGUUGGAAACAUUAUUGAUUACACCUGUUUCAAUCUGUUGUAUUUUUUGAAUGGUUAGCGUUUUAAGGUAAAGUUACAGUUUUUAUUCAUCAGUAUGCUUUGAUAUGGUCUGUUUGGAACCAGAAGGUUGCUAACUAAUAUCACUCUACACAGAGUUAAUGCCCUCCUGGCUCCAAACAGAUAAUAUUGCAAUUGAAAGUUAAAGAAGACAGAAAUUAUUUCUUUAUCAGCAGCAAAAUUGAAUACUUCAAAUGUUUGCUAACUUACUCUUGAAAUAUCUAAACUUGAUGAGUUCUUGUAAAUUCUUUAAUUACAAAUCAGGGUAGUGAUUGACUAACCAGUUAUACUGUAUACCAUCUCAAGUAUGAUUUUAUCAAGUGUUUAUUUCUCCAUUAAGGUUAGGUUUCUUCUAUCAGAGACUACUUGAUGGUUUCAUAUCCUAUGUUAUAUGUACGUGUAUGCCUAUGCUGCAUAGUGACUGAGAAGUACAGCUCCACAUGCUUUGAUGAAGGUCAUUGGCUGAAGGUCAUUUGCUGAACAGAAUGUAUUACAUGCUAUUAUGUUUGGCUCAUCAUUAUACAGAUUUUAAGAGUGAAACCUACCAAGAAGCUACAAAUACUUUUGUUUUCAUUAUUGCAAGCUGACCAGAAUUUAAAUAACGGGUGUAUCGAUCCCUCAUAGUUUAAAUAGUAUAAUGACUUGGGUUUAUGUUCUUUUGAUACGCACAUAAUAAUGGUUGAUAGUGUAGGAAUGUAAUGGAAGAAUGAAAUAUGUUCUCUUUGAUCCAGAAAGAUACAAAGCUACAGUCAUCAACAUGAAAUCCUACCAGGGUAUUGAUGUGUCAAGGGUACUGCCAUUUGAUGAGGUUCAUGUAAAGUAUUAUCCUGCAGUACAUAAUAAUGAUCUUUGAAACACCUCUCCUUAUCAUCUUAUCUUGGCUAAUUGCCAGUGAGUACAAUGAUAGAGCAUAUGUGUACAGAAUGGUGUGUAUUGUUUCUGUAGAAACAGCAAGAGAUUGAAAUGUAUUUUCACAUUAUUGAUGAUUACAAGGUUUAUAUAGAGGUUGGAGAUGUUUUGAAGUGCUUGUGAUACGAUGCUCAAAGCAAAUGCUGCUAUGCCGUGACAACAGAUUUGUAAAAGUAUGCUUAGUUAUUUCUGUAGCACAGUCCUCUUUUCAGAUGCAAGAUUGAAUUUUGUUUGACAUGAAAUGCACACCAUUAUAUUACUCUGUGUCAUAGUGCUGCAUGUAGCUGUCUAUUAGUCUCCUGGCACAGAUUUCAUUUUUGGACACUUCUUGAACGUGAAAUAGCAUUUAUCACCUUCACCAAACUCCUUUGUCUUCUCUAGAUCUGUCACAUAUGGUCUUAUUUCUAAGGGAUCAUGAUUUAGUUUACUUUAGACAUUUGAUUUAGUUUCCAGUUUAAACACGUUUGUUUGGUUACUGGCGUACAUGUAUUGUUUGCUUGUUUUGUUUGAUCAUAUUGUAACUCUUUGAAACUAUUUCAACUUAAUGCAUAAGUUAUAUUAAUGUCAGAUAUGUGGGUUGUUAGGUAUUAUGCUCUGAUGCUAGGCAGAAUCCUUACCAGCAUUAUUUUGAUAUGUAUACAUCAUGUAGAUAUGAAUGAUUCCCUUUUUGCCAUUCCAUGUCCACUAAAUAGGACUGUUGUUAUAAAUGUAGAUUGCAGGUUGAUGAUUUCUAAUCUUUCAACCAAUAUAUUUCACAAAACAAGAGGCGUAUGAAGCAUGUUCCUGGGGAAAUUUAGUUACGGAAAGCUGCUGAUCAUAGAAGAAUAACAAAAUCAUGGAUGUGUGUUUCCAUAGUGGAUUACUCUUUAUGUUUGUGAAAUAUAUUGCUUCUACCUUUAUUUCAUUUAUAUUUAGUUUGUAUUAGUGUAUCAGAUGUUUGCAUUAUAUAUUCUUUGUAAAGAGGAGAACAUACAGCAAUGAAAUGUAUGAGUUAGAAACACACUGCUUUCCCUUUCUCUUUUGAUUUGUGGAAGAACAUUGACAUAUUUCCCUUCUUUAGAUUUCCUUAUUUUUCUUAUGUCGAAGAAUAGGUUGAUGUCAUGUAGAUAUGUGCCCAAUCUAAACAUGUAUAUACUGUCACUGUUUUGUACACAAACUUAUUGUGUAAAAUGCUUUGAAUGAAAUAUUUUGAAUAAAAGUUCAUUCACUUAUA